AUGACCACAACUCGGGUCAGGGACAUGGCCACCCCCGGUGAGCCGGUGCUCAACCGUGUGGUCACCCUCGAGGCCCAACCCCUACCCAUCGAUAUUCUGGAGCCUGCGCAGGUGGACGUGACGCUGAGCAGCAAAAAGAGAUACACCAUCACUUUCUUGAUUCUUCUCUGCAAUCUGACCCAGUUCAUCUCCAUGUUCUCGACUAUGGCAGGCGGCUUCGAGUUCAGCAGACAGCUUGGGCGACCGGUCGGACCUGGCCAGGCGAACUGGAUGGGAUCAUCAUACUCGCUUACACAGAGUGCCUUCGUCCUAAUCAGCGGUCGACUCGGCGCGAUAUACGGACACCAAAGAUUGAUGCUGCUCGGCGGUGCCAUAAUCGUCCUCACCUCCCUGGGCAAUGCAUUCUGCCCGACAUACGACUCCUUCGUUGCUGUACGAGCUCUCACUGGCAUCGGCGGGGGUAUUUUGAUGCCCAACGCCGUGGCAACACUGACCAUCAUGGUCCCCCCCGGAAACGCACGGAACAUUACACUCGCCAUAUUCGCAGCCUCGCCGCCGAUAGGGGCUUGGAUAGGGGCGAUGAUCGUCGGCGCGUUUCUACAGUAUUCGGAGUGGAAAUGGCACUUCAUCUUCCUCACAUGCUUCGGGACACUUGUUUUUGGUGCACUGGCUGUUGUGAUGCCCCGCGAAGAACCCGUUGAUAAAGGGGGCUCUAUCGACUACGUCGGUGUGGUUUUGGGUCUCGGUGGCCUGAUACUGUUCAACUUGGCAUGGAAUCAAGCACCCUCACUGGGGUGGGGGACCCCCUACGUGAUUGCCCUUCUGGUGGUAUCGCUCGUCUUCAUGGCCGUGUUCGUGGUCUGGGAGCGUCGGUACGCUCAGGACCCUAUCAUGCCACUUUCUCUCUUCAAGGCACCAAGCUUCAAUGCCCUCAUAGUCGCAGUAUUGUUCAUCUACAUGUCCGUCGGUAUAUGCCUCUGGUACAUGAUCGCCUGGCAGCAGAUCAUCCGGGGUUGGACGGUGCUACAGGUCGCCUACGGCUGGGCUCCCUACGCCAUCGGAGCCUCCAUGUCCGUCGGUAUUGCCGCCUGGUUGAUCCCGCGAUGGGAGGCUCAAUACAUCCUGGCCUGCGGAUGCCUGACCUCCAUCAUAGCCCUGGUCCUCCUGUCCUGCAUGCCAGAGCAACAGACGUACUGGGCGCAGGUUUUCCCCGCCACGUUUCUCGGGAGUUUCUGCGCCGACUUCGUCUACGUUGCCGCGCAGAUCAUCGCCAGCAACAGUGUGGGUAAGCGGGAGCAGGGGGUGGCAGGUAGCCUUGUCGGCACGCUCAACCUCUACGGGAACAGUCUCGGGCUGGGAUUUGCUGGUACUAUUGAGGCACAGGUGGCCAAGAGUGCUGGAGAGACCAUGAGCUUCCGUGCGGCCCUGUGGUUUGGAGCUGGUCUGGCAGUCAUUGGUCUGGUACUGGAUCUUGCUUUUGUCCGGAUGCCUAGAGACAAUCAAGAAGGCUGGAAGUCAUCUGGGUCCUCAGUGGAACGUGGUAUCGAUGUUGUGGGACAGCCUGAGCCCUGA